GAACACAGCAACAUGAGUCAAACAUGAUGGUGUUGGUCUGUGUAAAUUUUAUUUCUUUAAAGUAAACUAUGUGUUUUUAUUGUCGUAUCAGCGUCAAAUACGUACGAUCCAUUAAUAUUGCUUCAUUUGACCGCAUACUACUAGAAAAGCGUCUCCUGUCACGUGCGAAGCGUAAAAAUUGAAUGCCGUGCGCGAUGACGCCAAGUUUUGUUACCAUGGAAACAGUGAAACGCUGUUGAUCAACAUGGAGUUUAUGGGUAGCAAUUACAAUGGGGAUUACAAAAAUGGCAGGAUGGAGGGGAUGGGGGAGUACACAUUUUCCACUCAGACCAGAUAUGUUGGAGAGAUGAAAGACGGUAUGUUCCAUGGAAAAGGAGUGGUACACUUUCCCAAUGGAAGUAAAUAUGAAGGAACCUGGGAAGAUGGAAUAUGCAAACAGGGAAAGUUCACAUUUUCAGAUGGUCUGGAGUAUGAAGAGACGGACUGGGAUUACUGUGAUGGCAAAGAUAGACGGUUUUACUCUGAGAGGUGUAAUGGCCUGAAACCAGCAGGAGAAUCCCAGUUAACAAAUCAGGACCCUCCGCGGGUCAUCCCAGAUGGUUGCUAUGACACCGGUGAUGGCUUUUAUGAUCCUAACACCCGAGUUAUCAAAGACUAUCAUGACAAUUUUCUCAGGAGCGCAGACGAUAAAGAGCACGAGUGGAUCGUGCGGACCUGCAGGAAGAGCUGGGAUGAGUUCACUGGUCCCUUUCCAAGAAACAGCACACAGGAGGAAAAACAAGAAUACCCAAACACAAGUGAGACAUUGUGAAUGUGUGCAGUCUGAAUGAGACAACACAACAGCUUUUGACAUUUAUUCGUUUGUCUUAUGCUGUUUAAACAAUGUUUUCAAAAAAAUUGAAAACUUCGAUCCUGGCAGAUGCUGGAGAACCAGCAACCAUAAAUAUUAUGGUAUAAAAGCAUAUCGACAACACUACAUUAAAUGUUGUAUUUGUCAAUUAACAAUUAAAAGACUUUAAAAGGAGCCUAUUUAUUUAUCUUAUUUCAUGUUAAUUUCACCAUUUAUGCUAAUGCUAAUCAAAAGUUGUAACUUUUAACAUUCGUUAAUGCCCGAUUGGUCAGUAUUAGUUUAUGUUAGCUGAUGCAUUUACUGAUAUUAACAAAUACCUUAUUUUAAAGUUUGACAGCAUGCAUAUCUUCAUGCAAAAUAUUUAUACUUUCUCAUCAAAAAUGUAAAAUAUUUCUAUCACACACUAUUCUAAAUGCAAACAAGGAAAACUCAAUUGGCAUAAUUAUUAAAAUUCUUACUGAUUUUCUAAUUUUUUAAUUAUUUUUAAAUUAUAAGUGAAAUAAUGUUCAAACCAGAAUCUGAUAAACCAUAAAAGAAACAAAUCUAUUAAUAAAUCAAUUUAGGUUUUAAAUGUUGUUAAAACAUUUUAAACACAGAUUGUGUUUCCAGGAUUGUAUUUGGGGUUGGGUAGGCUAAAGAAACAGGAAAAGACUGUUACAUCAUACAGUGUAUUCUGUCCAAGCUAUUGGCAGAUACUGCGCUAACAUUAAACAGCUGAAUGAAUGAGCCAGAUUAUUGCUCAGCUCACAAAAAUGACAUGCAAAGUCUUUCGCUUUUAAAACUGUGUGUAUGUUUGUGAGUCAGAAGAGUGUAUGCUAGGAAAAGAUUAUGUCUUAGUGUCCUUUGAAACUGAACACGGGAUUCAAGAUCAGUCCUGUGAUGUGGCCUGACAGGGAAAUCCUGCAUGUGAUGGCGAUGGAAUCAGUGAUGGAGUGAUUAUAGCAAACGCUGACCCGUGAAGGGUCUGCCAGCUCCUCCAUCAACUCGUGAUUGCUUCCUGCUAUAGGUUUAGGGUGCACACUUAUACACACAGACCCAAUAAGGCCCAUGAGUUAUAUGUAUUAGACACAUACAGAUCUAUAGUCUAGUCUGAACAUCUGUAAUUUAAAUAUAUAGUACAUUUUAAAAUAAACGUAAGAAUUUAAAAAAAAAUUAAUAAGGAAAAUAAUUGGGAAAAAAUAUAAUAAAUUACGAAAAAUAUUUAAGGUUCUGCAAUGCAUGUGUAGGAACGAAAUAAACUGAUUUUCUAUGCUCUUCAAAAUAUUUGUCUAUGCCAGCUUAGGUGCACUGUGUUAAAAAGCAUUAUGUUAAUUUAUA